AUGGCUCCUCCGCGAUCUGGGAGUCCGGGCGGCGGUGGUGGUGGUGGUAUUGUCGCAUCGAUUGCGAGGUUUUGGCAGAGAACAUACGCUUCCGAUUACAUUGGCUUUGUCCUACUGCUGGUGGCAUACCUCCUGAUCCAAUUCUUCGUCGAACCUUUCCACCGCAUGUUUGCCGUCAGCGACCUGCGCAUCGCCUUUCCCCAUGCCGAAGUCGAGCGUGUCCCUCUCCUUCACGACUUCAUCUACGCCCUCUUCAUCCCCCUCGGCCUGACCACCCUCACCAACCUCAUCACCCGCGCCCCACGCCACAAACACCACGUCACCAUCCUCGGGCUCGCCAUCGCCCUGAUCCUCGCCUCCCUCCUAACCGACAUCAUCAAAAACGCCGUCGGCCGCCCCCGGCCCGAUCUCCUCGCCCGCUGCCUCCCCAAACCCGACACCCCACGCGACAUCCUCGUAACCAUCGACGUCUGCACCGAAACCCGCCACCACCGUCUGCACGACGGUUGGCGCUCGUUCCCCUCAGGCCACUCCUCCUUCGCUUUCGCCGGGCUGGGGUAUUUAUCCCUGUUCCUUGCCGGCCAGCUGCGCGUGUUUGCGCAUACAAGCGGCAGCGCCGUGUCGGGAGCCCACGCGGAGAAGAUCAUCCGCGGUGACCUUGUGCGGGCGCUGGUGUGCGGCGCGCCGUUGCUGGGCGCGACUAUGGUGGCUAUUAGUCGGUGUCAGGACUACCGGCAUGAUGUGUGGGAUGUGACCGUGGGCGGGUUGUUGGGGUGGACGGUGGGGUAUUGGAGUUAUCGGCGGUACUGGCCGAGACUGGGGAGUGGACGGUGUGAGGAACCGUAUCAGAGCCCGCCGGGUGCUGAAGGGCCGGCUGGUGGUUAUGGGAGGGUUAGGGACGAGGAGGAGGGGUUGGGGGGAAGGAAUGUGAGUUUUACAGAGCUGGGGAACUUGUGA